GCAGAUCAGGCAGAGACGAUUGUCGCCGGCGACGUGAACGAACUAAGCCGACUCGAUCUUUCUUUGUUGGCGCCCGGUGACCAGCCAGCGGGCGCGGCAGAGGCAAGGAACAAGCGCGUACUGCCAAAGUUGAACGAAAUUGUGUCUGGUACUGUGAAAGCGAAGAAAGAGUUCGGUUUGUUCAUCGCCUUGACCGGUGAAAAGUACAACAGCAUUCUUGGAUCAUCCAGCAAGAAGACGGUGGACGGGUUGUGUCACGUGAGCGAGAUCGAAGAUCGCGAACCACUGUCGAAGAAGAAGAACACCCCAGAGCGCCGACUAGCGCGGGAUCAACGCACCUUAGCUGCAUUCACGGUCGGUGAGACCAUUCACCGAGCAAAGGUGAUCCAGGUGGACCCAGAAACAGGCAAAAUCGGUCUGUCCAUGCGUGCCUCCGUGUUGAGCCAAGUCGAUCACGUCGAAGGAGAAGUAGACGUCAAGAUGGGCGGAGAGGUAGAAGACGACAUUGAUGCCGAAGUGGAUGCACUGAUGGCGGCUGGUGACUCCGACGACGAAAAGAUGCUCGACGCGGUUGCCUGCAGCUCAAAGAAGAAGGCUCCUGCGGACGCCAUAACUACAGGCUCUGGGGACCACGAGGCAUCUACUGAUGAAGAGGAGGAAGAUGACGAUGAAGAAGAAGAAGAGGAAUCGGACGCCGAAGAAGGUGCUAACAAAGAGGUGGAAUUGAAGACAGCAACAGAACAAGUGUCUGAGCAGGAUGACGACGAAGAAGACGAAGAGGAAGAAAGCGACAACGACGAGGAAGUAGAAGACGUGAAAGCCGCAGAAGAGAAGAGCAGCAGCACAUCAGCAGCAGCUGCAUCUAAAGCACUCCUCUCGAGUGAAGAGAUUGCAAAACGCAUGCUCGAGAAGAAAGCAGCGGCCAGCGCUGCAGCGACCGUCGACGACAAAAAGCGAAAGACCGCCGCCUCUGAGGAAGACGCCGCAUCAGAAGAGGAUGCGGAUGAUCUGAGUCCAGCAGCUAAGAGGAGGAAAAAGCUUCUAGAAGACGCAGCCGCAGAGGAUAAGAUCCGACAACAGGAGGCUCGAAACGGCGCUAAGAAUCCGGAUGACUUCGAGCGUCUGCUCCUCUCCGAAGGCGGCAAGAGCAGCGUACUUUGGAUUCAGUACCUUGCGUACCAUCUCGAACUCAGCGAAAUUGCCAAGGCUAGAGCUAUCGCAGAGCGCGGUGUGAAGCACAUCUCCUUUUCUACCGAUCAGGUACUAAAUAGUAUACAUUUAGCUUUGAUGUCUUUCUUCUCUAAGAUCUGUAGGAUAUUACUAGGUAUUCAUCUUUAGUCUUGAGAACACUGUCGUGAAUGUCGAUCGUUUACAUUUUUCUCUUUUCGCUCCGCUAUAUACAGGAACGCUUGAACGUUUGGGUGGCGUACUUAAACUUGGAGGCGGCCUUUGGGGACGCAUCCUCGUUGCAGAAGAUUUUCCAACGGGCUUGCCAGUAUAACAAGGCGAAGACGGUGUAUUUGAAGCUGGCCGAGAUCCAGGAAAAGCGGGGUCAUGAAAUCGAAGCGCGUAAACUCCUAGAAGAAGCGGCUCGCAAGUUUUCAGAUUCAAAAAAAGUAUGGAUUCAGCGACUUAGAUUUCACUACGCCGCUGCAGCGUCGUCCUCAAGUGCUCAACAAGCACAAACAUCUUCUACGUCAUCCACUUCGACGACGACCACGACAGAGGAAUUGCAGGAGCUGCUUCCUCGUGCACUCGCUGUGCUAGAGCGCAGGAAACACGUGAUCGUGAUCCAGAAAGCGGCUACCUUCGAAUUUGAGUACGGUAGUGCGGAGCGAGGCAAGACCCUGUUCGAGAGCAUCUUUUCGGUCAGUGCUAAUAGACGAAGAUUAGACAUCUGGAACGUCUUUCUAGAUUUGUGCGCUCGCAAGCUUUCGCUUUCCGAGGUGCGCCGACUCUACGAAUUGAAAGUAGCGGAGUUGCAGAGCGUACUGAAACCGCGGAAAAUGAAGUUUUUCUUCAAAAAGUGGCUAGACUACGAGUCCCGCUACGGCGACGAAGCAGGGCAAGCCUCGGUGAAAGAUCGAGCAAGAGCCUUUGUGGAACAAGCGGAGCCAGCGAACACAGCAUGAAGAUAGAAACAUAUUUUUAUGCCUUUUUUCGUUUGCAUCGUCCGCGAUCACCCAUCUUUAAGCUUAAUCACAGUAUCAAGUAAUUGCAAAGGAUAAAUUUCUAUAUCAAAUUCGUUGAUUCCUCAUCAUGACUUCAACAUGUGCGCGUUGAUAGUGUGUCGUAGCACUGAAAUUGAACGCAUCACCAUGAUCUACAACUGUAAUUGUUAUCCUGCUCCUGAAGUAUGUCCAAACAGCGCAUGCAAUCGAAUAGAG